GCUCUUCGUGUUGGUCAUGGUGCUAUUGGCGAUGGUGGUUUAACCUACAUUAUAAUUUUAUAACAGUAAGUAAGAGCAGAAAUUUCUUUGGGACAAACACUCUUGUAGUUUAUUACUUUUUUUCCCAGUAUAUAUGAAAAGUUUGGAAUCGGGAAUUACCGUGUCAUGACAUCGAACUUCACAUUUUACUGCCAUAACCAAGAACUGGCACGGCACAAGAAAAUGGUUUGACUUACUGGUAAAAUCAGGUGGAUACCGAGUGAAAAUUGGAUAAAAAACUGGCAGUCCAAUACAAGAUUAUGCACAUCUUCCAAAAUUUAGCUCUCAGUCUAAUACAAGAUCCUGUUAUAUUUACUGGCGUCAUUUUAGCUCUGCUUUUGAGCUCAACACAUCUGCCGAGUUUGAGCUCUGCAUGACAAUUUGAAACAUGGCAACUCAGAAAAGCACUUCAGAGUUCACAUCAAAAUAAACUUUUAAGUCAUAUUAAUUAACCCACUCGCAAAACUGCGGAAUCAUGAUAUCUGGGGACGUCUUCCAACAGUUAAAACCAUCACAUCCAUUUACCACAAUAUGGCCACCGGAAAAAGUUAUAUCCAAGUAGCAGUGCAGGACCCACUGAUUCUACAUCAGGCGGUUGGAAUCAUAAGUGCACACAGGGAGGAGAAGACUUUGUGAGUGGCUCAAAUUCUAAAUCGGAAUUUGAAUGAAAAUUUAGAGGAAGAAAGAAGGAAACAUGGUGUUUUUUGUUAGAAAUGGAGCAUCUGGGUUUUCAUCUAGUAGUACAGCUGAAGAAGUGACUCAGGGAAUUGAUGCCUCUGGUCUUACUGCCAUUGUUACUGGAUCAACAAGUGGUAUUGGUGCUGAGACUGCACGAGUUCUUGCAAUGCGUGGAGUUCAAAUUGUCAUGGCAGUCAGGAAUACGACUGCUGGUAAGGCUGUUAAAGAAAAAAUAUUAAAGGAAAUACCAUCAGCUGAAAUUCAAGUACUGGAGUUAGAUCUUAGUUCCAUGGCGUCAGUGAGAAAGUUUGCCGGAGAAUUCAAGUCCUUGGGUCUUCCGCUGAACAUCCUUAUCAAUAAUGCAGGAGUUUUUGCAAUUCCUAACAUGCUAUCUGCAGACAAGAUAGAGCUUCAGUUUGCAACAAAUCAUCUAGGUCAUUUCCUUUUGACAGAUCUUUUGUUGGAGACCAUGAAAAGGACUGCAUCUCAAAGUAACAUUGAAGGGAGUAUUGUCAAUGUUUCUUCUGAAGCUUAUAAGCUUGGGUACAAAGAAGGGAUUCGCUUUGAUAAACUCAAUGAUGAACCCGGGUACGGCAGGCUUGGGGCAUAUGGACAAUCAAAGCUUGCAAAUAUACUGCAUGCUAACGAGCUUGCUAGACGCCUUAAGGAAGAUGGGGUAGAAAUAACAGCAAAUUCAGUUCAUCCAGGAUCAAUUGCGACAGAUCUUUGGCACAAAUCCUUUGAUGGCUGGUUAGGUUGGUUUUGUAAACAUGUUGUUACCCCGCUGGAAAGGUUAUGGGAAAAAAUAUUCAACAGGGGGCAUCUACGACAUGCUACGUUGCAUUACAUCCUAUCAACAAAGGCGUAACCGGAGAAUACUUUGUAGACAACAACAUUUCAAAUGCAACCUCACAAGCAACGGAUGCAGAACUAGCAAAGAAACUUUGGGAUCUCUGAAUGAAUUUAAUCAACUGAAGAUCAAGCACAUGAUAUUCCUGGUUAUGGUGCUCUUAAAGUUACUGCAUUAUACUCUAUUUGCAUUGCAAACUGAAGUACAUAACAGUAAUUUGAAUCAUUACUCAAUAACUUUACCAGGAAAACUAGGAGAAUAGUACUCUCUCCGGGACUUCAACAACUCUGGUAGUUUAUUA